CAAAGUGCUGGGAUUACAGACAACAAAUGUUUAUUAAGCAAGUAAGUGAAUGGUUACUUUCAGAUACUAGAACAACUAAAAACUGUCCCCAGCUGUGUGACCAGGCUGAGACUACCUCACUUUUGUCAUUACCAUAUAUUCCUUUUAAUUUUUCCUCUAAACAAGGUGACUUUGGGAAAUUUUAAUAAUUUAACAAUUUCUCCAUCCUUCUCUUCUCUUCCUAAAGACUACUGGCUGUCAGGCUGUCUUUGUAUAUACCUGCUGUCACUACUGGUAUCCUAAGGGGGUUGACCAUUUGAAAGCAGGGCUGCCCUGUCAGUGGACUGAUAGGUCUCCAAAGCCCAUUCUUCAGGCCAUUAUGAACCAUCAAUCUAGUCUUCAGUACAUUGAAGCCCCUACUUUUGGCCAGUUAUAUAAGGGCUGGAAUGUUCUUUGCUAAGCAUUCCAGAAGUUUGACUUCUAUUGAGAAAUAAAAUAUUUUUGAAUACCUUUGGUCACCUUGCUUAUCUAUCUUUUGACUGUGUUAGCCGGGAAGAAUUUAGUAGUAAUUCUUAGUGAGAUUUCAGCAUCCAACAUAUUUAAGACAAUAACUUCUUUCAUUUUUAUGACACUCUACUCAAGCCAUACACACAUCCUUGUCAACCCCAAAUUAUUCAACAUGUAUUACCACAAAGCUUACAAUAACUCAGUGGGUUAAGUUGUAUAUAUAUACAUACAUACACAGAUACACACACAAGCACACGAUAUUAAGGAUUUUGCAGGUCAAAAAUUUAUUUUGUUAUACCCAUUGGUCCUUUUUAAGAAUUUUGAUCCUUUAACCCCUGUAUUUUGUUCUCAUUUAUGACAGUCAUUGGUUUCUGUCAGCUGCAGUCAAUAUCUGACCCUAAUACCAAUAUAUUAGCUCCUGCACACGUAAUUGCUCCAUUUGCCAAACCUACUUAAUAUGGCCAGGCACUGUUACACUUUUUAUAUGCACGAAUGUUUGAUUCUUACAGCACUCUGUAAGGUAGGUGCUGUUACACACAUUUUACAGAGGAGGGAACUGAGGCUUAGUGAAGUAGUAAGUAUCUUGAACAGACUUGGUUCUAACUCCAAGCCAAUGUUCUUUUUACUGCACCACUCUGCCUCUCAAUAAAAGGGCCUAAUAUGAAAUUGAAUAUUUAAAAGAUUGAAUAAUUACAAUUUAUCCUAAUAUCCCAAUUCUUACCCCCUUGAUCAAGACUCUGGGUCUUGAUUGUAUUACAAAAAAAUAUGCUUUUCUCUGUUUAGUAAGACAGAAGUGGAAGGAGGCAAAUAUGUUCAAAAACUGAUGCUUGUGGAUGGGAUAAAAUUUUGGAGUUCUGUUACCUAGUGGCCUAUUCUUAUGGCAUUUGUCCUCAUAGACUUAAGCAUUUGGAUCCUUCUGUCUCUUUGAAAAAACAGGGAAGACACUUGUUGUUGUGUCUUAAAGGGCAUAAAACACCAAUUGGCUACCCCAACAGUCCUGUGGGUGGUCAUGGAACUUGCUAGCAGUAGGGACUGUUAUUUGAUGGGUAAAAUGGCUUCUUUCUCACCAGUGUCUCAUACUGAACCAUAGGAAGCAUUUUUGACAGAGUAUAAGGCUAUCCAUAUAAGAACUGAGGAUCUUUUCCUUUAGCGUUUGAUUCAGUAGCUCCUCCCCUCCCUCUUUAUUUCCUUCAGAUCCUGUCCACAUUCUGCAGGGUUUGAGGAGGUGGUUGUGGGAGGGGGACCUGAUAAUAACAAGAAGGUGAGUUGAGAGUGGUGAGGUUGUGUAGGUGAGUGAAGGCACUCCCUGAGGCACAAUAUCCCUCUUUGCCACUCCCCCAGGCAGUAGGAAACAAAGAGGUCGGCCAGCUCACCAACAGGAGCGAGCAGGAAAGAGUUCCAUCAUUGGUAGGAGUGUUCCCACUGCCACCCUGGCCCCUGAACAGGGAUACUUGGCUGGAAUUCACAGGAAGUAACUGUGACAAGGCAAAGUCUGUUUCAGGACCGGCCCUGCUCCCAGCUACUUGGUGCACUGUGAACAAUAGCCGUACUACCAUGAGGCCAUAUUCCUAAUGCCUUUCUGAGAGUCCAGCCUCAGACAAGCAUGGUCUCCUGUGAGGCAGGAACACAGCUUCCUGACAAAUGAGCAGGAGUGACCCUUAUUCUUGGCUUCUGUCUGUCUCAAAUGGAAAGACAGAUGUUCCACACUACUGAAGUCUGGACAGCACCUCUGAAGCUCUGGAGAUGGUCUCUUCCCUUCCUCUGGUGAUGUCCACCUACUCCUGAAAUGUAGCAUCAAGGAACUUCAGCUGCUUGCUUGGCUCAACUGGAUUCCAAUUUUAUCCUUCCCUUUAGUCCCUCAGAAAUAAGCAGCGGAGAAAUAAUUCCCUUCCUGGGGAUAUCAGCUCAUUCCUCUAGUGUAUUUGCCACCCCUUAAAGGAGCACCUUAACCUGGGGUACUUGUGAUUAUUGACGCUAGAGUGGGUCCCUCCUAGAUUCUGGGACAGCAGGUGUCUCCUGGGAUUGUCCCAGGCAAACCAAGACAUAGAGUCACCUUACCUAGCUGGAUAAUAGCCACCUAACUGACUUGUAAGAGUGAAAUGAACAUACCCCCAGGCACAGUGAGUGGUCUAAUCAGGUUUGAUUCAGUGAAUCGCCAGUAAUGACACUGGUCCUUUGGUGUUUCAAGCCUCUGCACCUUAUUUGGGCCUCCUUUCUACUUAUUGCCUUUCUUCUUUUCUCUAUUCCUUUACCUUUUGUCGUUGGCGUGUUACCGUCUUCAUUUCUGCCACUAGACCUAUGCCCCUGACUGCCUGGGAUUAACAGAGGCUUUUACAACUCUGCUUACCCUCUUUUUCUUGAUUCUAGGGCUGGUACCAGCCAAGCCCAUUAUUCUGGGUCCUAAUCUGUUUGGUGGAGUUGUUACUCCACUUCUCUGACCUUGCACAUAGGGCCUGGGCACUCCUAGGAAUUAGGGGCAGGGUGGGGUUAGGGUUGAAACCCAUUUGCUCAGACACUCCUAUUUUAUGUUCUAUUAACUUUAUUCCUCAGGGGAAUACUUCCCUUUGCAGUCCUUUGUAGUUCACCCUUGGGUUCAUAUACAAGAUCUCACAAUUAUCAGUGGAAACAUACCCUGAAAUCUUCAGUUUAGAGGCAGUCACUUUCAGGACCACAGAAGUCUCUGCCUGGUGGCUGCUUGCCUCCAGAAGGCAGAGCAGGAGUGACUGCCACAUUGUCAUGGCGGGAGCGCGUGAGGGCUAGUGUCUGUGAAGUGGGGGAAGAGGGGGGUCCUGUGGAAUAUGAGCAGGGCAGGAAGCCCCAGCCUGAACCUGUGCUGUGUUUGGGCCAAAUAUUGUCGCCCCCCGCCCCCGCCCACGAAAAAAACUCCUGCGCUCCCAGAAGGUGCGAGUACUGAGAUUAGUGUCAUGCGGGGCCGCUGAGUGUGACUUCCAACCCUCCAGCAUCUCAUGUCCCACUCAUGUCGGAGCCCACGGCUUUUCAGGACAGGAAGCGCUGCGGGGUAGUGCGGGCAGGCAGGCACGUCACACCGGACAGCGACCAGAUUGCUGCUUUCGGUUCCCCGGCGGGCGGUGAGGCAGAAAGCGCAGGGCGGAAAGGGGAGCCCCAGCACUUCAGAGCUGUCGGGCCGUGGCCAGGAAGCAAAGCACCGGAGCGCUGCGGUGCCAGCGGCCGGACUAGGGAUGACCGGCAGGUUUGCGCUGGACCCAACCCCGAGGGCGGUCAGGCGCAAGGGGGCGGGCGCUGCCGUACUCCGGCCGCGGGGUCAGGGCGGGCCGGCCGGCGGGGCAUUUAAACCCCGCUGACAGCCAGUCCCGCCCGGGACACGCGCCCAGCUCCGAAGCCUCCUCCGUCGACUCAGCCUUGGGUACCGGUCGGGCAAAAUGCGGUCCUCUCUGGCUCCGGGAGUCUGGUUCUUCCGCGCCUUCUCCCGGGACAGCUGGUUUCGAGGCUCCAUCCUGUUGCUGACCUUCCUCAUUUACACCUGCUAUCACAUGUCCAGGAAGCCCAUCAGUGUCGUCAAAGUGAGGCUGGCUGGCAGCAAGGAGGAGUGCAGAAGCAUACUGUCAUAACCGUCCUUACCCCUUCCCAUGGCCACCGAGGCUCCUUUUGAGUUUAUUCCCCAAGACAGUUGUGUGGGUGGCUGUAGAUGGAAUAAGCGUGCAGGGCCCCUGGGCUGUGUGGAUGCUGCUCAUGGCUCUGAUGUGGCCGCUUUCCCCUGCAGCCAGUUCCUGCAGGAGGAGGUGCCAGUAGGGGGACAUGGAAUCUGGUUAGGAGGCAGUGUCUCUGGUAUGGUUGGGGCAGGUGGUUGCUUGCUCCCUUCUGGGUCAACCCCUGACCUGUGUGUCCCAUUGCCUCUCCAGAGCCGUCUGCACCAGAACUGCUCGGAGCAGAUCAAACCCAUCAAUGAUACUCACAGUCUCAAUGACACCAUGUGGUGCAGCUGGGCCCCAUUUGACAAGGACAACUACAAGGAGUUACUGGCGGGCGUGGACAACGCCUUCCUUGUCGCCUAUGCCAUUGGCAUGUUCAUCAGUGGGGUUUUCGGGGAGCGGCUUCCGCUCCGUUACUACCUCUCAGCUGGAAUGCUGCUCAGUGGCCUUUUCACCUCACUCUUUGGCCUGGGAUAUUUCUGGAACAUCCACGAGCUCUGGUACUUUGUGGUCAUCCAGGUCUGUAAUGGACUCGUCCAGACCACAGGCUGGCCUUCUGUGGUGACCUGCGUUGGCAACUGGUUCGGGAAGGGGAAGCGGGGGUUCAUCAUGGGCAUCUGGAAUUCCCACACAUCUGUGGGCAACAUCCUGGGCUCCCUGAUCGCCGGCAUCUGGGUGAAUGGGCAGUGGGGCCUGUCGUUCGUCGUGCCUGGCAUCAUUACCGCCAUCAUGGGCGUCAUCACCUUCCUCUUCCUUAUCGAACACCCAGAAGAUGUGGACUGCUCCCCUCCUCAGCACCAUGGUGAGCCAGCUGAGAACCAGGACAACCCUGAGGACCCUGGGAACAGUCCCUGCUCUAUCAGAGACAGCGGCCUUGAGACUGUGGCCAAAACCUCCAAGGGGCCAUGCGAAGAGCCUGCUGCCAUCGACUUCUUUGGGGCGCUCCGGAUCCCAGGCGUGGUCGAGUUCUCUCUGUGUCUGCUGUUUGCCAAGCUGGUCAGUUACACCUUCCUCUACUGGCUGCCCCUCUACAUCUUCAAUGUGGCUCACUUUAGUGCCAAGGAGGCUGGGGACCUGUCUACACUCUUUGAUGUUGGUGGCAUCAUAGGCGGCAUCAUGGCAGGGCUCAUCUCUGACUACACCAAUGGCAGGGCCACCACUUGCUGUGUCAUGCUCAUCUUGGCUGCCCCCAUGAUGUUCCUGUACAACUACAUUGGUCAGGACGGGAUUACCAGCUCCAUAGUGAUGCUGAUCAUCUGCGGGGGCCUGGUCAACGGCCCAUACGCGCUCAUCACCACUGCUGUCUCUGCUGACCUGGGCACUCACAAGAGCCUGAAGGGCAACGCCAAAGCCCUGUCCACAGUCACGGCCAUCAUCGACGGCACCGGCUCCAUAGGCGCAGCUCUGGGGCCUCUGCUGGCUGGUCUCAUCUCCCCCACGGGCUGGAACAACGUCUUCUACAUGCUUAUCUCUGCCGACGUCCUAGCCUGCUUGCUCCUCUGUCGGUUAGUGUACAAAGAGAUCUUGGCCUGGAAGGUGUCCCUGAGCAGAGGCAGCGGGUAUAAAGAAAUAUGAGGCCCCAGUUGGAAGAGCAGCAUGGAAGGCCCCAGUUGGGUCCCCAGUGUGCUCCCCAUGGGCAAGACAAUGAAAACUUCCACAAGUAAGGGAGGCAACCCCUUUUAACUGAACAUCAGCCAGCCCAGUCCAGACCCAGGGCUGCCUAAGGACACAGAGAUUCUCCAUGGGAAGGGGACUGCCAAGCAUGAGGAAGUAGAAGAUUCAGGGGCCUGAGCUCUGGAAGCUACAAGCAAAGGGCAUGGGACUGGGGCUGAGUUGUGUCUCCAUUUUGAUAAGGGAAGGAUAUGCUCAGACUCUUGCUUGUUCAGAUUCCAAGACAGAAGGCUUCACAAGGCCAAGGCCUGGAAAAUGUGCAUCUCUCCUUCCCAUGUUAAAUUUUAAUCUCUGUAAUCUGCCUGUAUCUGUAGGUGGGCAUCUCACUCCGUCAAAGGAGCCCAGCCUCUCUUUGUCCCUCUAUCCAUGAAACAGUCUUCUCUGUGCAUUUCCCCAAGCUGGGCCCUCUUCUACCCUCCAUUUAGGCCUGUUGAUAGCUCCCUUACCUGCCCAUCACUGCUUUCUCCAGGGCCAACACUCGGGCGAGGCAGGGGAGCUGCCUUCAGUACAUAAUUUGAGGGGGCACUCUCUCUUGGGCACAGGCCGGCCCUGAGUGCCUCCCUUGCCUCACUCUGAUCCUGGCCCCGUAAUGUCCUCAGUGGAAGGUGACUGGGGGCCAGUGCUGUGGGGAGAGUAGAAAGAGGAGUUGGCAUGACUAAAAAUACCAGUAUGUGUAUUAAGUAUUUUGAGAAUGAAAUGCCAAGGAGUGCCUACUGUAUGCCAGCUCUGCUCUAGGAAUGGAGUAGACAAUGGACACAAGAAGGACUUAUGCCCUGAGCACAAGUGCCAGCAGUGACAAGACUGGCAAGAUGUGAGGGCAUGCAUGGUUCAUUCAGGCAGUUGCUGCAGGUGUGGUCGCCUGGCGCCAUCUGCCGCUCCCUUUUCCACUUUUCUGUAUCCUCCUUCCACCCCAAGUCCUGGAUCACUCAGUCUUCUGGCUAGCUCUUGGCACCUCCAUCUGACCCUAAAGUUGCCCAUUGGCACCAAUAGAUUCCCUUUGACCUGCUGCACCCAUGCUCAUCCUUGUUGGGGCUUAGCUCAGUAGUGAGCGGGGCUCGCAUGGGCUGCUGAAGUGGGGUCCCAGGACCACCAGGGGGGUAGGUUAAAGCUGCUGACAGUGGGCAUUCCUGAGGGGGAUGCUCAGGACACUGAUGAUGUAUGGGCAAACUGAGAGCUUAGAGCGCCAUACAAGAUACAAGCCUUGCAUUUCCUGGGAUGUGGUGGCUGGUGCAUUAGCCAGAUACACACCCUUCCACGCUGAAGCAGGCUGCAGAGGCGCCAGUGGCAACCAACAGGGAAGGCUCCUCCUGCCUGCAGUCACUUCAGCUCUGAGCGUAGGAGUCAGCCAGGGACUUCCAAGUCCUCAGAGCCCACAGGGGCAAGAGCUAUACUCUGGCCUUAUGUUCAGCAUUCACGAAAGCUGCUCUCCGCUGCUCUUUGACAUUGAGAAUGAAAUGAAAUUAGUUAUUCAUUUAAUUUAACUUCACAUUUGGUCUCAAUUAAGCUUAAAAUGUUCUUCCUUAUAGAUGCUCCAAUAGCACUUGUAAUUAAGGAGCUUAAGGAGAAGCUGUGUUGCUUACAUGAGCCACUAGAUGGUGACCCAAUCCCAUCAUACAGCCCAGGGUGGGCUGUGGUUCCAUCCUGCUUCCCAGAAGAGAGACAGGAGCAGGCGCCUUUUGACUUUUCAGACUUUCAACUUGCUUUCUUCUUCAGAGGGCAGGGGAAGAGGAAUGGGUCUCUCGAGGUCUUCUCUUCGCCGCCUGCACUGCUUACUAACUUUAAGCCUGUUUCGUCAUCAGGAAAAUGAUGACAUUACCUACCUCAUAGGAUUGGUAUGAAGGGAGACAAACAUCGUCAUCACACUCCUGCCCUUGGAGAACUUGUCUAGUUAGGGGAUAAGUAGGAAAAUACACGGCGACAGUGGCUCCAGGUGAGAGCUACGCUGUUCAUUAGUCCAGCCAUGCAGCAGGAACAGGGCUGGCGGGAGGGCGAUUCCGGGGGCAACGGCAAGAGUCCUUCUUCCUUAUGAAGGCAGAAUUCUCAGGACUUGGAUGAUUCAUUUGAUAAGGUAGUGAGGGGUAGUGGAAGAGGGAGGAAGUUAACAUGAAUACUUAUCCAACUCCUACGAUGUUAGGCCUUAGAGACUGAAAACCAAACAAAUGGCAUUGGCUCCUACCGGCAGGUAAGUGUAGCACUAGAUACAUGCAAAAGGCAUUGUGGGAGCUCAGGGUCUGGCCUCAGAAAUGAGGACUUAGGCUGUGGGUAGGGAGUUGGGAAAAAUACCGAAGGUUGGCGGAACCCCAGCCCUGAGAUCUGCCUGUCUGCACCCAUCUCCCAGGUCCCAGGUUGCUGGCCCUGUUUGGGCAGCUCUGGGCACAGCCUGUUCACCAGAGGCCUGGUACCUGCCUUCUCCCUGGGUCUCAGCACUCACACGGGGCCAAUGCAGGAGCAUUACGUUAAUUAGUUAUUCAUUUAAUUUAACUUCACAUUUGGUCUCAAUUAAGCUUAAAAUGUACUUCCUUAUAGAUGUUACAAUAGCACUUGUAAUUAAAAAGCAAUAACUCUCUGCGUUUCUCCCUUAGAGAUCCACUGGGAAGCUGGGCGAGUGUGUGUGGGGUGGCUUGGGGAGGAGGAGGAGGCAAGAGGCAAAGAAAAGAAAGGGAAAGAAGCUCUUGGUCGGUCCUAACACCAUGAGGCCACAACUAAGACUGAGGCUGGCAGGAGGAACUCAACACGUCCUGGGUGUCUGAGUGGGGGUGGGAGAGUUGCUGUUGGGAAUCCUGAGACGUAACAAAGGAGCAGACCUCCUACUGAAAGGUGUGGAGGUAGGGAGGGUGGCCGAUGGGGGUGGAAGGAGGCCAUGCUUAGAGUUACAGAAGGGGCCCUAUAUUCUGUGGUAGGUACAAUGUGCCCCCACAAGAUGUCCACAUCCUAAUUUCCAGAACCAGUGAAUGUUACCUCACAUGACAAAUGAGAUUUUUGCAUAUGUGAUGAAGGCUCUUGAGAUGGAAAGACUGAUGGGGUGGACCCAGCGGAAUCAGGGCUCCGUGUGAAUCAGAGGGAGGCAGGAGUGAUGGGGAUAGGCAGAUGCUGCUCUGCUUAUCUUGAAGACUGAGGAAGGGUCCACCAGCCAGGGGGACGGGGGUGGCCUCUAGAAGGUGGCAAAGGCAAGGAAAAGGGUUCUCCCGAGUCUCCAAAGCCUUUCCUUUACCCCCUGAAACCCAUUUCUGGUUUCUGACCUCUGGAGCGAUAAAUGUGAAUUGUUCGAAACCAGUAAGUCUAUGGCAAUGUUACAACAGUAAUAGGAAAUUGAUAAUAUUCCCAGUGUAAAACUGGGGUAUGACCAGUUUAAAGGCAGGAAAAUAACCACAAGCAAACAAAAGAAAUCCCCAAAGCUUAAAACAAGUGAAGGGGCUGGCCUCGUAACAGUUAGGCACAGCGUAAGGGCUACUGUGUGACGACCUCACCCAAGCGUUUUCCGAGGGCAGGACUUGGACUAAAUGCACAGACUGUAUCAUCCCCAGCAUGAUGUGAUGAAAAUGAUUAAAAACACACUUUCUCAUUCUG